AUGUGCAUUUAUGGUAUAAAAUUUACGGGAGGAUUUGACGAUAUUCUAUAUUUCAAUGAUCCGAAUGAAAAUGAUAUUACUGCUAUGCAUCUUGAUAAUGCUGGAAGUAGUUUAUGCUCACAUUUAUGGUUUGUACCAAACCUUAAAGAUCCAUAUCAGGAGGUAGUCAUUUCGAUUGGCAAUAAUAUUUUCAUGGAUUUGUUUAUAAUUUGUUGUGAAAAUUGUCAACAAUUAACUGAACAAAAUUGGCGUAUUCAUCUAAAGUCACAAUUUCUCAUUCAUCGUUAUGCGAUCGUUCAAUCGAUGGCUGAAAAGAAUGAUUAUUUAAUGGCGGAACGCGUGAGAGAUAUUAAUCAACCAAAGACUUGUAUAACAGAAGAUUACCGACAAAUACCAGUAACUGGAAAUAAUGGUGUAUGUUUUACUUAUGGCAAGCAAAAAUUUAUCAAUCCAGUUGCCGGUCAAAGAUAUAUGUCAAAGCUUGAAAAUAUACUAAGAAUGGGACAAUACAAUGCAACUGUCGCUAAAUAUUCUUUAGGAAAAUAUUGCUCAAUGAGUUAUGCUCUUUUAACUCAA